AUGUUAGCAGGAGUGGGCUUGGCGCUCCUCGCUGGCCUGGGAUUUCUCUCUUCUGCGAUUGCAGAUACCACCUGUAGUGCAACAGUGCCAUGUGAGAUCGGAUGUUGUGGCCAGUAUGGAGUCUGUGGCAUGGGUCCGAGCUACUGUGCAUCCGAUGUGUGUAUCAACAACUGCGACGCCAAAGCCGAGUGUAAUCCUGGAAGUUGGGCCUCGGAAUAUGUCAACUCAACCAAUUGCCCCCUUGAUGUCUGCUGCAGCAAGUAUGGCUUCUGCGGGACGACUGAAGAAUUCUGUGGCAAUAAGACCGUAUCUGUACCAUCUUGUGACGCGAGCAGCCAAUCGAUCACACGAGUGAUUGGCUACUACAACUCGGCUGCCGCAACUCGCAGUUGCGGAGGCAUGGCUCCCUACUCUGUGCCCCAGGGCGUCUACUCCCACAUCUACUUUGCCUUUGGAAAUAUCAACCCGGAUACCUUUGAGGUUAUUCCUAUGGAACCAAGCGAUGAAGCCCUGUAUACGCAACUGGCAGCGUUGCAGCUACGCGAUCUCGACCAGGAGUUAUGGAUCUCAAUUGGUGGUUGGGAUUUCUCAGACAGUGAUCAGGCAACAGCUACCACCUUUUCCGAUCUUGUCGCCGCGACUACUACCGAGCAAAAUGUCUUCUUCACAUCUUUAAUCAAUUUCAUGAGUACGUAUGGAUUUGUGGGAGUGGACAUCGACUGGGAAUAUCCUGUCGCCAGUGAUCGCAAUGGCCGUGCGGCUGACUACAAGAAUUAUCCCACUUUUUUGGCCAAUCUCAAGAAAGCCUUGUCCGACUACAAGUACGGACUCUCUAUCACACUUCCAACCAGUUACUGGUACCUGCAACACUUUGACCUCACGGCGAUUGAGCCUUCAGUUGACUGGUUUAAUGUCAUGACUUACGAUCUUCACGGAACAUGGGACCUCAAGGAUAUUUGGACCGGGCCCUACUUGGAUGCUCACAGCAAUCUGACUGAAAUCAAAUCUGCUCUUGACCUUUUGUGGGGAGUAAACAUCACGGCAUCCAAAGUGAAUCUCGGGAUGGCCUUUUAUGGUCGCAGCUUCACCAUCGAAAGCUCCUCAUGCUCCACACCAGGAUGUGAAUACCUUUCCGCUGGAACUGCAGGCAAUUGCAGCCAGUCCGCAGGAGUCCUAUUUAACAGCGAGAUUGAGGCAUUGAUCAGUGAUCAAGAUCUCACACCCAUUCUAUACCAGGAUGCCGCAGUCAAAACGAUUACCUGGAAUACUGACCAGUGGGUCUCAUUCGAUGACGAGGAGACCAUGAAGCUUAAGGCUGAGUACGCCAAGUCUGUCUGUUUAGGUGGUGUCAUGGUCUGGUCGAUUGAUGAAGAUGAUGACUCGCACACUUAUUCGAAUGCACUCGCUGCCGCUCUCGGAAACAAGGUCAACCUCAACACUUCCACUGGACUGUCUCUCACAGUCUCUGAAAAGUCCACGACGACAAGUAGCGGGUCCUCGCAGUCAAGUUACUGUCGAUUCAUUAAUUGUGGCGAGACAUGCCCCAGCGGGUUUUCCGAAAUCACCCGCGAGGAUAACAAGAAGCAACUCAUGCUGGACGCUACCGAGUGUCUGGUAUCGGGGUUACAGACUUUGUGCUGUCCAACCUCAAGCACCCUUCCCACUUGCCAAUGGCGAGGAUUCAAUGGAGGAAAGUGCAAAGGAGGGUGUGAUGAUGGUGAGGCUGAAGUAGGCACUAUCACUUCCGGUUGCCGCUCUGGCUACCAGUCUGCGUGCUGUACAAUCACCGAUUCCACAAAGCCCUGGUCUGAGUGUGCUUGGACAUCAAGUUGUGAGCCUGAUGACACUUGCCCGUCUUACUAUGACAAAUUUGUGGUUGGUUCGCGCCAGGGCUGGGGUGGUCGCAAAACGUGCACCGGCUCAAAGACCUACAACUACUGCUGCAAAUCUUCAAUCCCGAAUGCUUUCACCAACUGUGCCUGGACUGGUCAUGAGGUACAAUUUGUCAACACGGCAUAUUGCACCGACGCUUGCCCAUCAGGAUCAAUUCGGAUUGCUGAAGAAAGUGUUGCAGUAUUUAUGGGCGCCAACCGACCGGGUAAGACGAAGGGAUCGCAGCCUUGCUAUUUCGGAAACGAGGCCUACUGCUGCAAUGGUACAACCAGUACCAGUUCGACGCGCUUAAGCUCCACAAAAUUUGCAGACGAGACAGCAUACGAGUUCCACUAUUACCUCAAUGCAUGGCUCUCUGAGCCUACCUGUAGCUCAGCUGAACAGCACGAAUACUAUUCAAGCCUUUACAAACGGAAUGUAUUUGAGCGCUCCUCUUCUUUCUCCAAAUCGAUGAGUCAAGAUUUGGUUUACGCCUAUGCCUUGAAGUAUCUAGUGAUAUGGAUCACCUCCUCCAGACCACGGGCGGAUCUAACUGCAGACUUCAACAGCUUGAUGUCAACCUACGGGUACGAAGAUGAAGCUGCCAAUAUCACGACUUUGACCGACACGUUGUAUGCGUACGGCAGUUGGACAGGGACUCCUGUGUGGGAUCCUACGGCUCUGCUUGCUCAAACUCUUUGCAACAUUGCUAGGUCCGCAAAUGGCGUGGAAAGCCUAGGCGCCGCCAGCGAACUACUAUGUGAAAUUCAAUCUUCAUCGUCCAUCAGCAAGCGGAUGCUUGAUGGACUCAGCGAGAAUACUCACUCCGAAAACGGCGACCAGCCUACAGUCAUCACUGCCAUAAGAGGAGUCAUUAAUGAAGACUUGACAUUUCACUACGCGCGGUGGAUCCAGCCUACCAGUGAGUCACAAGGCUUCGCGCAGGUAAUUCUCGAAUUGGCGUUUUGGAUCGGACCUACGCCUGGUGUCACACCGACCGCGGAGAUGCUCGAAACGUACGGUGACAGUGGUGAUACCGUCCACCCGGAUCUUUGGAUUGUCUUCCAUCUCCAUAUCCCACGCUCCAGGGAGACCUUCCAUCAAAACUACACGGUGACUGGAGGUAUGGCUCUAGGAGUUUCGGCAAUGGGCGUCUAUCACAGCCAGACGAUGCAUUCCCUAGGGCGCAAUGCCGAUCCUAGGGCCGAGUUCCGAUAUUCGAGCACGUACCCAUCAUAUAACUCGGGCGACAUGGAGAACUACAAUGGGCGUACUCAAUCACUUCGAUGUCCCGACAGCAGCCGCUGGUAUAUCGGUCUCGACUCUACGGAACACCUGACGACGUCACAGGGACUCCCGUUAACAUAUGCUACGGAGCUCAACGAAUUUGGCAUGUGGCUUGCGACAGAAGGUAUCCUCACAAAUGUCAACCUACAAUACCUCUGGCCAGGGCUUAGUCGAUUCCCCCAAGAUGCCAGCCUCGCCUCCAACGAAUGGACCAUGGUGCCUCCCAGUGGCUCUUCCCUUUUCAACCCUGUUGCUGACGCAUUCAAUGUAAAUUGGGGACCAGAUGAUACCACGGUGGAUAUCCAAGGCUCAACGUCUGAUUACACGAAGAAAUGA